UUGCCUACUGGAAAGGCAGCUUUUGUGAAACAUUAGAGCUUAGAAUUACAGAGUUUGUGUGACAAUUCAAUCGGUGAUUCUUGAUCGUGGUCGUUAUCGGGGUCAGAGAGCUUCGACUGUACUUUAUACACACGCAUUUUUAGCUGGUCAAACAGUUCGAGCCUGCGUUACUAAUGCGGAUUCCCCCAUAAGUAGUGAAUCAUCCAAGUCAAGAUGGUAGAGAAAAUAUCUAUUGAUUCGGGAGUUAGAAAGAGAAUUAUACAUCAUUCCAAAGCAUCAGAAGGGCACGAAUUAGGAUAUUUAUUUGGCAUUUACAAUAACGAGGGAUACUCCAUAAUAAGAUGCGCUGCAUGUAAAAUAUCAUCAUCAUUGUCAUCAUCAUCAAGUGAUUCUUGGCUUGCUGAUUACAGUGAUGUGGCAUCUUUAAUACCAGAAGGGAUCCACGUUUGUGGGGUUUACAUCUCAAGUCCAAAGCCCCUUAAACUUGAUCACCCAAGUUCUACAAAAGUCCUGAAUGAUUUGUCAGCUAAGAUUUCAGAUGAAGCGUCACCUAUGAUUUGUGUCUGGCAACAUUGCAGUGAAGGAAAUAAAGAUUAUGGUUAUGUUUAUGAUAUAACAACUUCUAGAAUACCAGAAUGUACCAUUGAAUUUAGCAGUUCCCCUACUGCUUUGCUUUCUCAAUUUUUAACAUUUAGAAUUCAAGCAUCUUUUACAGUCUGUAUCAGUUGCAAGAAAGCUCAAGCUAAAGAUGGCCUUAGCUCAGAAAUCCAGUCCUUAUGUAAAGAUGUUAGAUCAGGAACCACUAUAUUCUACCUACCUGACUGCCACAUGAUGCUUCAAGCUCCUGAAGAAAUAACAAAGGCUAGAACAGACACCUGCCAAUCAGUAGUUACUGCUAUGGCAACCAUUGAACAAGACAAUUCCAGUCCACAAGGGAGUAAAAAGUCAAAUAAAAUGAAAAAGAAUGAUACACUAAGAAAUAUAGACAACAAAGACUUUAAAGUAAAAGAUGUAAUUGAUGUUAAAGUGCUAAAAAAAAUCACACCAGAUACAAAGGAUGGUUUUGUCCCUGUUCUGCAAUACAGAAAAGAGUCAGGUAGAACUGUUGCCAUUCGACUUCCUAUUGAUGCUGUUGCCAUGGUUAUGUUGAGUACACCCUUGGACAGUCUGCCAAAGCUGUUCUCAAGUGCAGUCUGCCGACAGCUCAAGCAGUUGGGAAGAGUGGCUGAGAAGUUUUCAAAGGAAGAGAAUUUGUGUUUGUGCAAGCCAUAUCAUUUCAAGCCUGAAGGGUUUUGCCAUCUUGUGUCUGUCAUUUAUCCCACUCUUGGUCCUGAUAACCUCCCUGUAGAUGACACAUUUACAGAAUCCUAUCGCCUUGAUCUUCAUAAACAGCUUCUAUUACCGUCAAACAGACCAAUGCUGAGGAUGGGCAUGUCUUACAUCUUCGAGAAGGAACAGACACCAGAAUCUUAUCUUAUUAAUCCACACAGUGGAAUCACAAGCUCUGGAUUGCCUGACGGGACUGUGGAACUGGUUGAUGGGAAGUACUCUUACCAUCAUUAUAUGCAAGAUGGCUUUAACGACGAUGGCUGGGGGUGUGCUUAUCGCUCUCUACAAACAAUCUGUUCCUGGUUCAGGCAUCAGGGUUACACCAGCAAGCCUGCACCUAGCCACCAUGAAAUACAACAAGCUCUGGUCGACAUCGGAGACAAGAAAGAGAACUUUAUUGGCUCCAAGCAGUGGAUUGGAUCAUUUGAGGUAAGCAUGUGUCUAGAACAUUUGCUGGGGGUGACUUCCAAGAUCUUGUAUGUCAACUCUGGUGCCGACAUGGCCAGCAAAGGGCGGGAUCUGCUGCACCAUUUCCAGACACAAGGCACACCCAUCAUGAUUGGGGGGGGUGUUCUUGCUCAUACAAUCAUUGGUGUAGACUACAAUCUACAGACUGGAGACAUCCGAUUUCUUAUCCUUGACCCACAUUACACCGGAGGGGAAGACCUCAAGGUCAUACUAGACAAGGGCUGGUGUGGCUGGAAAGGACCGAAUUUCUGGAACCAAACAGCGCAUUACAACAUGUGUAUGCCUCAGCGCCCUGACGCGAUAUGACGCAAACUACUGCAGAGAGAACUAUAGUAUAGGUAGAAUAACUAUACGUGAAUACGUGUUAUGCCCAGUUGCGUUACAUGAUAUGACGCAAACUACUGCAGAGAGAACUAUGGUAUAGGUAUUCUGUCAUGCCCAGUUUCGUUACAUGAUAUGACGCAAACUACUGCAGAGAGAACUAUGGUAUAGGUAGAAUAACUAUACAUGAAUAUGUGUUAUGCCCAGUUGCGUUACAUAAUAUGACGCGAACUACUACAGAGAGAACUAUAGUAUAGGUAGAAUAACUAUACGUGAAUAUGUGUUAUGCCCAGUUGCGUUACAUGAUAUGACGCGAACUACUACAGAGAGAACUAUAGUAUAGGUAGAAUAACUAUACGUGAAUAUGUGUUAUGCCCAGUUGCGUUACAUGAUAUGACGCGAACUACUACAGAGAGAACUAUGGUAUAGGUAGAAUAACUAUACGUGAAUACGUGUUAUGCCCAGUUGCGUUAAGUUGCGUUACAUAAUAUGACGCGAACUACUGCAGAGAGAACUAUGGUAUAGGUAUUCUGUCAUGCCCAGUGGCGUUACAUGGUAUGACGCGAACUACUGUACGCUAAUUAUAGUGCAGGGUAGGGAGGCUUUUUGUAGUAAAAAGCUUAUGGUGGCGCCUACACCGGGUGAACAUCAUAUCCGUAACAGGCCUCGAUUUAUUGGGGGACGAUACAGAAACAUUAAGAAAACAUUGGGGGGGGGGGGGGGGGGAACGGCCGCGCCCCUACUGGUCAUUUCCUUAUAAUUUUUUUUAAAUAAUAAGGGGGGGCACGUUUCCCCAGUGCCCCACCCCCUGCUACGGCCCUGAUUAUAGUUUGAAGGGCUUCAUGCGGUAUUAAAAAAUACCCUGUCUGUAGGUUGUUGUGUAGGCAGAAAGUACAUUGAGGGACCGCCCUCCAUGCAGAUCUUCACGUGCACGUUUCUAAGCGAUUAAAAGUGGGAAGAUGUCUGUAGGUCGGAGAAGCAUGUUGUUGUGACCCGUGUGAUCCCUUCGCCUGUUUAUAUUAGCACUUCUUCGUGCUAAGUAGAAUAAAAAGGAUUAUCUUAUAAGCGCCCUUAACUGGGAUUUUUGAAUAUGCGGUUUAUGAGGUCAAAUAGUUUAUUUUGUUUGUUGCCUCUGUGGGGUAUCGCGUGAUCGCGUGUGUAUAGACAGUAUAGAACUCGUCUAAAUGGGACUCGCAUAUAAGGAACUGGUUUUCAAUUCCAAUAACUACCAACUAUAACUCUAACUUCCUCUCUAAUAAUUACCUCGCAUGUAAGGGAAACCGCCGCGACGAAGCUAUGUACCCGAGCGACAAAUCAGACGGGAUGCAAUGGUAUAAUCUGGAUAUAAUAAAAUUAUUCUGCAAAAAAAAA